AUGCAUCCCAAAAUUGCUCUCCUACUCUGUGGUAACCUCACAGGCAAGCCCUAUGCAGAUCAUGGCGGAUACCAGGGGAUAUACUCCAAAUUUCUUCAGGAUACAGUGCCUGCCAAUCCUGAUUCAUCCACUGUUCCAUACAGCGUAGAUAUCUACGAUGUCGUCCAUGAGAUGGCUUAUCCACAGGAUGACGAUCAGUACGACUGUAUCAUGCUGACCGGAUCCGCGGCUUCGGCAUACGAGAAUCUCGAGUGGAUCACAAAACUCUGCGACUAUAUCUCUCGUAUAGCAACCUCCAAACCACAUAUCAAGAUAAUCGGUAUCUGCUUUGGACACCAAAUCAUAGCACGCGCCAUGGGUGGGGAAUGUGUCCCGAAUGGUGGCAUAUGGGAAGUUGGCCCAACCCGCAUCCAGCUUACCGACAUCGGGAAAAAGAUAUUUGGCAACGUCGAUACACUCACCCUCCAACAAAUGCAUAGAGACCAUGUUCCAGUCGUCCCACCCAAUUUCCACCUCCUCGCGUCUACAGAGACCUCCCCGAAUCAGGGGUCCGUUUUGUUUUACCCCGAAGAUACGCAGCCUAAUAGUCGCAUACACAUCCUGACUGUUCAGGGACAUCCAGAAUUUACCGAGCCUGUCGUCACUGCUAUUAUCGCGCAACGUGCUCCAUCAGGAGUCAUAAAUGAACAGGCCGUUAAAGACGCCGAGACCAGGAGAUAUGACAAGACAGACGGAGAUGUCGUAGGGAAGGCCAUAUGGGAGGUGAUUCUAGGAAAGAUAUAG